AUGAAGACAGACUUCAAGUUCUCCAACCUUUUGGGGACCGUCUAUCGCAAAGGAAAUCUUCUCUUCACUCCCGAUGGAACAUGCUUGCUAUCGCCAGUAGGCAAUCGAGUCUCGGUGUUUGACUUGGUCCAAAAUACCUCCUACACCUUGCCGUUUUCGCAUCGCACGAAUAUCGACCGUCUCGACCUUUCGCCCAAGGGAAAUCUCCUGCUGACCGUUGAUGAGAAUGGGCGCGCAAUUCUGACCAACUUCCACCGGCGCAUCGCCAUCCACCACUUCUCUUUCAAGGGACGAGCCGACGCCUGCAAAUCUGGCAAACCCCCCUCUACGCCUGGCACCGAAACCAAUGGCGAGAUUGAGUUUGCGCCGUUCGUUCUACACCGCGAUCUUGCCGCCCACUUCGACACCAUCCAGAAUGUCGAAUGGUCUAGCGACUCACGCUUUUUGCUCACUGCUGCGAAGGAUUUGACGGCCCGAGUAUGGAGCAUGGACCCGGAAGAAGGAUUCGAGCCCACGACCUUGGCCGGACAUCGACAGGGCGUGGUUGGAGCUUAUUUCAAUGCAGCACAAGAGGCGAUUUACACUGUCAGCCAAGACGGUGCGCUAUUCCGCUGGGAAUAUGUCACAAAAAAGGACGAGGAAACUAUGGAGGAUAUCUCCGACGCUCGGUGGAGAAUCGUCAAAAAAGACUUCUUCAUGCAAAAUGAUGCUAAGGUGAACUGCGCUGCCUUCCAUGCGCCAUCAAAUCUUCUGGUAGUAGGAUUUUCCAACGGCCUAUUCGGACUCUACGAUCUGCCCGAGUUCAACAUGAUCCAUUUGCUCAGUGUAUCACAAAGCAACAUUGAUGUUGUGACUAUCAACAAGUCAGGCGAAUGGCUUGCGUUCGGAUCGUCAAAGCACGGUCAACUCUUGGUCUGGGAGUGGCAGUCUGAGUCCUACAUUCUGAAGCAGCAAGGACACCUGGAUUCCAUGAAUGCUCUUGCAUACUCACCAGACGGUACAAAAAUUAUUACAGCAGCCGACGAUGGCAAGAUCAAGGUUUGGGAUGUCAAGUCCGGCUUCUGCAUCGUCACAUUCACAGAACACACCAGUGGAGUGACCGCAUGUCAGUUCGCCAAGAAGGGAAGUGUUCUGUUCACGGCAUCUUUGGAUGGCUCCAUCCGCGCCUGGGAUCUCAUCCGCUACCGUAAUUUCCGAACCUUCACCGCACCCUCCCGACUGUCUUUCGGCUCAUUGGCCGUUGACCCCAGUGGAGAAGUGGUCUGCGCUGGCUCACCAGACUCCUUCGAUAUUCACGUCUGGUCCGUGCAGACUGGUCAAUUGCUUGACCAACUUUCCGGUCACGAGGGACCAGUAUCCAGUCUUGGUUUCGCUGCCGAUGGCAACCACCUCGUCAGUGGAAGUUGGGAUCACACUGUUCGCAUUUGGAGUAUUUUCGGUCGCUCACAAACCAGUGAGCCGCUUCAACUUAUGUCAGACAUCCUUAGCGUGGCUUUCCGCCCAGAUGGACAGCAAGUUGCUGCAUCCACGCUAGACGGCCAGCUCUCCUUCUGGGGAGGCGUCGACGGUCGCCGUGACGUCUCCGGAGGACGACGGGUGGCUGACCGCCGCACUGCGGCCAAUGCCGCAGGCACUAAAUCUUUCAACCGCAUUACUUACAGCGCUGACGGUAGCUGUAUCCUGGCUGGUGGUAACAGCAAGUAUAUCUGCUUGUAUGAUGUUACCACUGGGUCAUUGAUCAAGAAAUUCACUGUUUCCGUCAACACCUCGAUUGAUGGUACUCAGGAAAUCCUGAACAGUCGAGACCUAACUGAGGCCGGUCCCCGUGCUCUGAUCGACGAGACCGGCGAGGCCUCCGAUCACGAGGAACGUGUCGACCGCACUCUUCCCGGUGCGAAGCGAGGCGAUGCUGGUGCGCGCACUACUCGCCCGGAGGUGCGCGUCACAUCUGUUGAUUUCGCGCCGACUGGACGAUCAUUCUGUGCCGCCUCUACCGAGGGACUGCUUAUCUACAGUUUGGAUACUGACUUCGUCUUUGAUCCCUAUGAUUUGGAUAUCACCAUCACACCGUCGAGCAUCAUUGCUACGCUAGAUGCUGCCAAGGAUGCCGCGGCAUCCGGCACCGUAGACGAGGAGAACACCUUCCUCAAAGCCCUCAUCAUGGCCUUCCGAUUGAACGAGCAAAAGCUUCUGCGCGUUGUAUACGAAGCGAUCCCUCCGUCAGAUAUUCCCCAUGUGGUGCGGUCUGUGCCCUCAGUUUAUCUUCCUCGUCUGCUCCGAUUCGUUGCACAUGCCGCCGAGGAGACACCUCAUCUCGAGUUCAACCUCAUGUGGAUUGAGUCUCUGUUCAGUAGCCACGGUCGUUACUUCAAGGAGAACACUGGCCAAUUCGCACCUGAACUCCGUGCUGUGCAGCGCGCCGUCGACGACAUCCGUGAGAACUUGAAGCGUUUGACCGAGAAGAACCUCUACAACCUCAACUAUCUGCUUUCCAAGCCUGUUCUUGCAAACAAGAAGCAAAGCAGUGCUCUCUUGGCUAUGGAAACUGAGGAUGCCGAAGUCGAUGAAGAGAUGGCUGAUGGCGAUGAAGGUGACGGUGAUUGGGUUGGCCUUGAAUGA